CGUUACAAACAUUGGGGAAAUGGAGUGUCAAUGACAAGCUGCCGGGCGUUGGUGUGUCCGAAACGCGGAAAGGAGGUUCUUAUCAUCUUUUUUACGGAAAGCUUUGCAUCAUGGCCAGGUAGCUGCUGUGAGCGAUGGGGUUUUUCCGACAGCUUGGCCUCCUGCUCUGGAAGAACAUCACGUACCGCAGGAGAAACAAGAUCCAGCUGAUCAUCGAGCUCCUCUGGCCGCUCUUCCUCUUCGUCAUCCUCAUCUCUGUUCGCCAUUCACACCCUCCCUACAAACAGAGCCAAUGUCACUUUCCAAACAAAGCCUUGCCAUCAGCAGGCACCUUGCCCUGGAUUCAGGGCAUUAUCUGCAACAUCAACAACCCCUGCUUCCACAGCCCGACACCAGGAGAGACAAUGGGCCAAGUUGGCAACUUUGACAACUCCAUACUCUCUCGUCUCUUCGUGGACGCCCAGACUGUUCUGUCCUACAGUGGAAACCGGAGCCUUGCUGGCUUUCAGGACCUGAUGGAGAGUGUCCGAAGGCUGGGAGAGAGACCUGGGGCCUGGCCAAAUCUCCCAGUAGAAGAAUACCUGAGAGCCAAUGAAACGUUCUCCACCUUCCUCCUGACCAAUGGCAGCCUGUCGCCCAUGACUGUGGACCAGCUGAUGAAGGCUCGCCUCAAUUUUCAGGUUUCUGUGGCUGGGGCUCAGAUGCAGCUGAAGGACUUGGUCUGCAAUGCGAGCAUGUUGGGACAGUUUCUGACAGUUGAGGGAGGAGAAGCCACCUUGAAUGAUCUUCAGACUCAGUUGUGUAACCUCCCAACGGACGUCCUGCAGGAGGCUGAACGCCUUUUCCUCUCUCAGCUCGACUUUACCAAGUUCUUCACGAGAGAGCGUCUGAUGGCUAACGCAGGAGACCUCAGGGUCAUCAGUCAGGCCGUCACAUCAGUCUCUCAGGAGCUGGGGGUCCUCAUCGAUGAUUUCUCCUCUCUCACCAGCUUUGCGGACAUGAACGCAGCUCUUCGUCUUCUGUCUCCUGAGAAUCGCUCGGCAAUGCCCAGGGAGAGUUUCCGUGCUUUUUCGAGGAUCAUGUGCGGUCACCCUGAGGUUGGCGGUGAGCGCAUCCCAUCACUCAACUGGUACGAGGACAAUGACAUCAAGUCCUUCCUGGGAAAAAACGGCACUGAGGACACAGACCUGGACCGUGACAACAACACCACUCCAUUCUGUAAAAGUUUGAUCCAAGGAAUGGAGUCCAACCCUCUGUCUCGGAUUGUGUGGCGAGGAAUAAAACCUCUGUUUAUUGGAAAACUGCUGUACACGCCAGACACUCCUGCAGUGCAACAAGUCAUGAAAGAGGUGAACAAGACUUUCGAGGACCUGCAGAUCCUCCAGGAGCUGAAUGAAGCCUGGAUGGAGGUCGGACCACGGAUCAAGAAUUACAUGGAGAGCAGUGUGGAGAUUCAGAUGCUGCAGGGUUUGUUGAAGCGGCCAGAGGUCGCAGUACUGGUCAACAUGCGUCUGGAGAACACUUCCUGGACGGCCUCACGGAUCGCUAGAUUCCUGUCCACACCCUCGCCGGACACCCCACGGAAGCCCGGAGCACCGCCUACAUGGCUGGAUGUCUACAACGACCUCGGCCACACCAUCAGUACCCUCGCACAAGUCACUGAGUGUUUCUCUCUCAACAAGCUGGAGGGAUUGGAGACCGAGGGCCAGUUGAUUGACAGAGCUUUGGAGUUAUUGGAGGACAGACAGUUCUGGGCAGGUGUGGUUUUCCUGCUGCCCAACUCUUCAUCCCCAGACCUGCCACCCCACGUUACCUACAAAAUCCGAAUGGACAUUGAUGAUGUGACUCGGACCAACAAGAUCAAGGACAGAUUUUGGGAUCCUGGUCCAGCAGCCGACCCGUUCAGUGACAUGCGCUACAUUUGGGGCGGCUUUGUGUACGUUCAGGACCUGGUGGAGAGAGCUGUGACCCGCAUCCUCACCGGAGUUCAACAGACAACGGGCAUCUACAUCCAGCAGAUGCCCUACCCUUGCUAUGUGGAUGAUGUUUUCCUUAGAGUGCUGAACCGCUCCCUGCCUCUCUUCAUGACACUGGCAUGGAUCUACUCAGUCGCGAUGAUCAUCAAAGGCGUGGUGUACGAGAAGGAGGCAAGGCUGAAGGAAACCAUGAGGAUUAUGGGUCUGGGAACGGGAACGCUGUGGCUCAGCUGGUUCAUCAGUAGCAUAGUUCCUUUUCUGGUCUCUGCAGGGCUCCUCAUCGCUCUGCUCAAGUGGGGGGACAUCCUGCCAUACAGCGACCCAGCUGUUGUGUUUUUCUUCCUGACGGCGUUUGCCACCGCCACCAUCAUGCAGUGUUUCCUUAUCAGCACCUUCUUCUCCAAAGCCAACCUGGCUGCAGCAUGUGGAGGGCUCAUCUACUUCGGGCUCUACCUGCCCUACGUACUGUGUGUAGCCUGGAGAGACCGCCUCAACACCACUUACAGAGUCCUAGCCAGUUUCCUGUCCCCUGUGGCCUUUGGCUUCGGCUGUGAGUAUUUCUCUCAGUAUGAAGAGCAAGGUGUGGGCAUCCAGUGGUACAACCUUCACUCCAGUCCUGUGGAAGGAGACUCGUACAACUUCACUACCUCUAUAUGCAUGCUGUAUUUGGACGCCUUCAUCUAUGCCACAGCAGCCUGGUACAUCGAAGCAGUGUUUCCUGGUGAAUAUGGGAUACCCCGGCCGUGGUACUUCAUCUUCCAGAUCAACUACUGGGGUGGAGCUCCCCUGGAGGCGGGCAUGCCAAUUCCCCCCGCACCUACAGACCAGGAUGAAGAUCACAUUGAACCAGAACCCACUAAUAUGACCUUGGGUGUGAACAUCAGAAACCUGGUGAAGAUCUACAAAAAGGGCGCCAAACUGGCCGUCAAUCACCUCAACCUGAAGUUCUACGAGGGGCAGAUCACCUCAUUCCUCGGCCACAAUGGAGCCGGCAAAACCACCACCAUAUCUGUCCUGACUGGCCUGUUCCCACCCACUUCGGGCACUGUGUACAUCAAGGGGAUGGACAUCCGCCAUGACAUGGACAUCAUCCGGAGAACACUUGGAGUUUGUCCACAGCACAAUGUCCUGUUUGACAUACUAACAGUGGAGGAGCAUGUGUGGUUUUAUGGGUGUCUGAAGGGUUUAUCUGAGGCAGAGGUGAAAGCUGAGCUGGACACUCUGCUGGAAGAUGUCGGCCUGCUGCACAAACGACAUGAACAGACCAGAAACCUCUCUGGUGGCAUGCAGAGGAAGCUGUCUGUGGCGAUCGCGUUUGUCGGAGGCUCUAAGGUGGUUGUUCUGGAUGAACCCACAGCAGGGGUUGAUCCUUACUCCCGCAGAGGGAUCUGGGAUCUGCUACUAAAAUACCGCAAAGACCGGACCAUCAUCCUGUCCACCCACUACAUGGACGAGGCGGAGCUACUAGGUGACCGGAUUGCCAUCAUCUCCCAGGGGAAGCUUUGCUGCUGUGGCUCACCGCUCUUCCUGAAAUCCCGCCUUGGAUCUGGCUACUACCUCACUGUGGUGAAGAGGGAGGGACUGGACACCAGCACUCCCAGCAGUACCAGUAUCUGCACCAGCAUCAGCACCAACAAGCUGCCUCCUCUCAAGGACAGUGAGUCAUCCAUGAGUGAAGACACCGGCCUGGGAAGUGAGGAGAGCAGCUCAUACCUGGCGGCAUUGCUCUCCUUGGCACAGCAACACAUCCCAGGUGCGAGGCUGGUGGAGGAGUCAGGGCAUGAGGCAGUGGUCAACUUGCCGCAGAAGGCUGCCAAGGACAGCAGCCUGGGCGUCUUCCUGGCAGAACUGGAUCAGAGGCUGACAGAGCUGGGCAUCAGCAGCUAUGGCCUGUCGGACAGCGCACUAGAGGAGAUCUUUCUGCGAGUGGCAGAGGAAACCGGCGUUGAUGCUGAACCAGAGCUGCAGGCUGAAUCUCCCCAGCAGCCCUCAGCUGGGCAGAGGGCUCAGAGACAAAAUGCUGAAGAACCAGAGACAGAACCUCAGGAGACAGACUUGCUGAGUGGAGAUGGCCGAGGUGGGGUCCCUCUGACCGGCUGGUGGCUGACGUGGCAGCAGCUGAGAGCUCUCUUCGUCAAACGCUGGCUUUAUGCCCGAAGGAGCCGCAGAGGCUUCUUUGCUCAGAUUGUCCUGCCUGCUAUGUUCGUGUUGGUCGCUCUGCUCUUCAGCCUCAUCGUUCCUCCAUUUGGGAAGUAUCCCGCCCUGCAACUGCAGCCCUGGAUGUACGGGGAACAGUACACCUUCUUCAGCAACGACGCACCUGGGAACCCGGCCAUGGAAAACCUGCUGGAAGCUCUGCUGGACAAGCCAGGGUUUGGUACCAAGUGCAUGGACAAAGGGGAGGAAGACAACAGCACGAGUCCUCAGUGUGAAGGCGAGCGGGGUGGCUUGUUCAUGCGACCACAGGUCUCCUACUCCACCUGGCAGAUGUUUAGCAGAGGCAACUGGAGCAGAGACACACCGUCUCCUGACUGUCUGUGUAGCACAGAGGACAUCCGCAGGAUGCUCCCCGACUGCCCGCAGGGUGCCGGUGGACUGCCGCCUCCACAGAUUAAGAGGCUGACCGGAGACAUCCUCCAAAAUCUGACAAGUUAUAACAUCUCUGAUUACCUGGUGAAAACCUACUCUCAGAUCCUCAAGAAAAGCCUAAAAACCAAGAAGUGGGUGAAUGAAUUCAGAUACGGAGGUUUCUCCCUCGGGGGAAGCGCCACCCAGACUUUAUCUCAGGUCCACCAUGUCGAAGACUCGAUCACGGCGAUCAGGACUCGUUAUCGAGUUGCACAGAACAGUUCAUUGGAUCACCUGCUAAUCAGACUGCCAGAUUUUCUGGGAGGACUGAACAGUCAACACAAUGUCAAGGUGUGGUUUAAUAACAAAGGAUGGCAUGCCAUGGUGUCAUUUGUCAAUGUGAUGAACAAUGGCCUGCUCAGAGCUAGUCUGCCACCAGGUCCAGAGAGGAGAAAACACGGCAUCACCGCUUACAACCACCCACUCAACCUCACCAAGGAGCAACUCACAGAAAUGGCUAUGAUGACCACAUCAGUGGAUGUUCUGGUUUCCAUCUGCGUGAUCUUUGCCAUGUCCUUUGUGCCAGCCAGCUUCGUCCUUUUUCUGAUUGAGGAGCGAGUCAGCAAAGCCAAGCACCUUCAGUUUGUCAGCGGGGUCAAACCUAUCCUCUACUGGCUGGCCAACUUCACAUGGGACAUGUUGAACUACACCGUCCCAGCCACCAUGGUGGUGCUGAUCUUCAUCUGUUUCCAGCAGCAGUCAUAUGUCUCGGAGACCAACCUACCCGCUCUCGUCCUGCUCCUCCUGUUCUACGGGUGGUCCAUCACCCCUCUGAUGUACCCAGCGUCCUUUGUGUUCACCGUCCCCAGCACAGCCUAUGUGGUCCUGACUUCCAUCAACCUUUUCAUUGGAAUCAACGGCAGCAUCGCCACCUUCGUCCUGGAGCUGUUUGUUGAUGAGCAUCUGAAUGAGGUGAACAGGAUCCUGAAGAAGGUGUUUCUCAUCUUCCCUCAUUUCUGCCUGGGACGGGGACUCAUCGACAUGGCCAAAAAUCAGGCCAUGGCAGACGCUUUCCAGAGACUGGGCACGAAGCAGACUCUGGACCCUCUUCAGUGGGACUUUGUGGGGAAGAACCUGUUUGCGAUGGCAGCUGAAGGUGUUGUCUUCUUCAUCUUCACCAUACUGCUGCAGUACAAGUUCUUCAUACACGUCAGGCCGUGGUGGUCCGAGCCUCAGAUGCCUCCUCUUGGUCCAGAGGAUGAGGAUGUCGCCAGGGAGAGAGAGAGGGUCAUAAGUGGCAAAGCCCAAUCAGACAUCCUCACCCUUAUCGACCUCAGCAAGGUUUAUAAAGCAGGCAGGAAGCCAGCGGUGGAUCGUCUCUGCCUUGGGAUUCCCCGUGGCGAGUGUUUCGGCCUGCUAGGGGUGAACGGAGCAGGGAAGACCUCGACCUUUCGCAUGCUGACCGGAGACACGGACGUCACCUAUGGAGAGGCUUUCCUUAAUCACCACAGUGUGCUGACAGAGAUGGAGCGGGUCCACCAGCUGAUGGGUUACUGUCCCCAGUUUGACGCCAUCAGCGACUUGCUGACGGGCCGGGAACAUCUGGAGCUGUACGCCCGCCUGCGGGGAGUCCAAGAGGAGUCUGUUGCCAAGGUGGCACAGUGGGGGGUGAAGAAGCUGGGACUGACCCAGUACGCUGAGCGGGAGGCUGGAGGCUACAGCGGAGGCAACAAGAGAAAACUCUCCACUGCCAUCUCCCUCAUUGGGGCUCCACCUGUUAUAUUCCUGGAUGAGCCUACCACUGGCAUGGACCCAAAAGCCAAAAGGUUUCUGUGGAACUGCAUCCUCAGCGUCACCAAAGAGGGAAAAGCUGUAGUUCUCACCUCCCACAGUAUGGAGGAAUGCGAGGCUCUCUGCACCAGAAUGGCCAUCAUGGUCAACGGCAGAUUCCAGUGUCUCGGAUCUGUACAACACCUGAAGAACAGGUUUGGUGAUGGCUACACCAUCAUCCUCCGUCUGGCGGACGCUAAAUCUGACCCGGACUCAUGCCCCAUCAGCACCUACAUGAAGAGCUCUUUCCCCAGCAUUGAGCUGAAGGAGCGCCACCAGAGCGUGCUGCAGUACCAGCUGCCCUCACACGCCUGCUGCCUGGCUCGUGUCUUCGAUGUGCUGGCCAACAACUACGAGGAGCUGGGCAUCAUCGACUUCUCUGUUUCACAGACCACCCUGGACCAGGUGUUUGUCAACUUUGCCAAAGAGCAGACGGAUGACGACCUCCUCACAGAUGUGGUUGUCAGCAACACAACAGUACAGACCAACCUGACUGCACUGUCCACCAGGAUUAACCCUCCCACUAUCCAACCACAGUCACCAGUCACACCUCCUCGGACAAGCAAGACUCCACAGAAGCAGGGGAAACCAUCUGACAGCAAACCCAAAGAGGGUAAAUCAAAAAAGCCAAAAGCUGGCAAGGUCAAAUCCAAAGAAGGCAAAGCUAAUGGAGAGAAAAGCAGCGGUACGGCGAUGACCAGAAUACCUCAGAGAGAGGAGAAGGCUCAGAGGAAGAGCCAAAGGGGCAGCAGUGGAUCGGACAGCAGUAAUGGUGGAGUUCAGGGAGAAUCCAGUAAAUCCAGUGGGUCCAAACACAAAGCAGAGAGCUCCAGUAAAAGUCCCUCUGCACUCUUUAUAGUCGACAGCAACACACAGGACAGUGCACUGUGAAGUGGACUGGUGCAACGCAAGCAAAAGUUCAAAGGACCAACUAAAGUCAAAAGCUUUUUAUUACUCGCCCUUGUUCAUUUAAAUGUUUUUCAGUGACGGCAGCGACCUCAAUAUGCAACAUGGAACGACACAGCUCAUUGGAAUAAGAAGCAGAAAAGAUGGAAUUUGAAACUUACUGUUAGAAGUAAAUUUAUCCCCUUGGCCUCUUCUGAAGAAAGACAGGUGAGUACCUCCUAAUGUGGUUUGGUGCCUUGUUCCCCUUGUUAACAUAUCUGUAGCUUUAUACCCUUUAUUUGGGUCCAUAAAUCUUACACUGUGUCUUUACUUUCUGUAUCAGUCUCAUAAGUCUGAAGUUAUUUAUCCUUAAAAAUAUUAUGCAAGGCUUCAUGUAAAAACAAGGGGUGGCUUUCCUCAGGGCUCAAUCAUUGGACCUCUCACAAUCUCAUCUAUUUUUUUUGCUGAAAGCACUUUAAAGAAGAAAAUGCUGCAAAAUCUCAAACUGUUACUGGAGUAUAUGUGUUACAUGUAAUUAUUAAGACAUUUUUAUGUGUCAGAAAGCAUCUGAGAGGUUGUUUCAGAACAUUAUAUAGUAUCUCUCAUGUGGAGAGAAUUCUUACUGCAAGUUUAUUGUGAAAUAACUCUGAAAUACUAAAUUAUGAACUUUCCAGGUGUUACUGUUUUGUAAAUCAAGAAUUUAUUUUGUCUUUUAUCUGUCAAACUUUUAUUUAUUUUUUUUUUUAUUUUUAUUUUGUGUGAUUGGGUAACAGUGUCACUGUAUGAACAUGGGGUAUUAUAUAUGACAGGAGUGCGGGUGGUUCUUUACUUCUGCCUGUUAUUUACUGUCAUUUUAGUUAUUUAAUAAUUAGAUCAUGUUUUGUUUUUCAACUUUAUACAUGUUACAUAUAUGUGGCAUACUUCCUGCUCACAUGACAUCUCAUAUAAUUAACACAAGAUAUUAAAGCAUUUUCAAACUAUAAAUCUAUUGAAAAAGUCCAGCACGCAACAUGCAAUGUUACAAAUUCUACGUAAUGCCAAACUACAGCACUCCAAAUCAAAUCAAAGAAAUUAUGAUAGCUCACAGAAUUAAAAGUAGUAUUCACCAGAUGCAACAACAUUGCCUUUGGUCAACAUUGGUUUAUUUUUUAUUGUUCUUUAUUUAAGUUUAUUUUAAUAAACAGUUCGUUUGUUUUUCUAUAAAAAAAAAAAAAGUGACACAGC